ACAGAUAGAUAUGCAGAUAAAUAAAUAGAUAGAUAGACAGAGAGAUUAUGUAUCGUUAACCUGUUACUAUCCAAGAUGAGUGUAGCUGUUCUUGAUGGCAAUACGGUGACAGGAUUCAUUGAAGCAAAAGAAGCAUUUGGAAAUUGUGUGGACGAGUACUUCAAGAUGCUUGAUUCCAAUGGAGAUGGUGGGAUUUCACGUGACGAGCUCGAAGAAGGCCUAGGUAGGAUUUUUACCAUGGAACUGGAAUCGAAGACCGAAGAGAAUAUCGAUCGAUUUUAUAGUACGAUUUUCGAGAGGUUCGAUGAGGAUCGCGACGGGAGGAUUGAUUGCAAUGAGUUUGAGUCCCUAAUGAGGGAGAUCAUGCUCGCCAUGGCUCGUGGGAUCGGCGAUUUGUCGAUUAUUGUCGCUCUUGAUCAGGAUAGCUUGCUCAUGAUGGCCGUUAAGCAUGAAUUGGCUGGAACAUGAUGAUAGGAUUGUGACAAAAAAUUAGUAGAGAAAGAGUAUGUUUUAGGAGUUAUAUAUGUAAUCAUCAUUCAUCUGAUACUGAAAUGAUUUUAUUUUUAAUUUAGAGUUUUAAAUUC